AUGGAUCCACGCAUUCCUUUGCAGAACAUCAAUCGAACGGCCGUGGUUUAUGAUGCUGCCAGGGAAGAAUACCACGUCCCAGAGUAUGGCAGUGGUGAAGAUGUUAUCAGUAGAAUCAUCCCCCGUUCCGAAGUGGUUGCACCUAUCCCAAAUCAGGCUCCUCCGAACCCCGGCAAUGCUGCGCAACUCCGCAACCAGAAUAUUGUUCAGUCUUCUGCCGACGCUCGAGACCGGAACGAUAGCCUCGCUUUGACCGAGACCAAUCUUAAGAGGUACUGCGAAGACCGUGGUCGUCUCAACAUCUACACUGUAACCCACGUCCAUGGCAAAAUCGAGAACUGGGGCAAAGCAUGUUCUAAAAUUCGGGACACCAAGUUACCUCCUGCCGCUGCGCAGCAAGGUUGUAAAGUUUCAGGUUACGAAAACUACUUCGACUGGCUUGUGUUGAGUAGUGCGUGGGAGACGGAGCCAUCCACUGAUGGCAAGGAACUGCACGAGGCAGCCAAGCGACACUUACGAAGGAGACUACUCGCUCGCCUUAUGUUCCCUGACCGCCAUGCUCUGAGUGACUCGAGGUCAAAUACCUCGGCUAAGGCGAAGCUGAAAGAGGGCGAGGUUAUCAAGCCGCGCGGCUGGAGGGCUAUUCCGAGGCGGCGGAAACAGGACCGACGGAUAAUUUCACACUAUAUACGUAGCCGGUACCGCUUGAACCAGAACGCCGCGUCUCCAGUCGUGCCCGUCAAUCCUGAGCCGGUUACGCCGCCUGAGGCCAGUGUAUUCAUCUCCUCGCGAGGCAACGAGUACUUCUGCGAGAUUGACGAAGAAUAUCUGACGGAUCGUUUCAACCUUACGGGCUUGAACACAGAAGUGCAGUACUAUCAGUAUGCACUGGACCUGGUAACGGAUGUCUUCGAUCUGGACUGCGACGACGACAUGCGGGAGCAGAUCGAGAAGUCUGCAAGGCACCUUUAUGGCCUGGUUCACGCGCGGUACAUUGUCACAACCCGAGGAUUGGCAAAGAUGGCAAGUCAGAAGUGUUACGCUCUCGACAAAUUCAAGAAGGCCGACUUCGGCAAAUGCCCGCGCGUAGCCUGCGACCAGCAAGCACUCCUUCCAAUGGGCCAGCAUGACACGCCGAACGGCUCACCCGUAAAGCUCUACUGCGCGAAAUGCGAAGACAUCUACAAUCCCAAAUCUUCGCGCCACGCCACGAUAGACGGCGCCUACUUCGGCACGUCUUUCCAUAACAUCCUCUUCCAGGUGUAUCCCGCAAUGGUCCCAGUGAAGACGCAACGACGCUACGAACCGAAGGUCUUUGGUUUUAGGGUGCACGCCUCUGCGGCGCUGAUGAGGUGGCAGGCGGAGAGGAGGGAAGAAAUGAAGGCCAGGCUGAAGAAGGCGAGGGUAGAGUCGGGGUUCGAGGACGAGGACGAUGAAGAAGAGAUGGACGAGGAGGAAAUGGAAGAUGAUGUGUCGAGAGAUGAAGAUGCGAUGAGCAGGACGACUGUGCAGUGA